AAGUAAAAAAUAAGAUAAAAUUAGGGUGGGUGUCACCGGAAAACUAUGAACACAAACCCUAACCCACCACCGUUGACCACCACCGUCUGCGACCAAUGCGGAUUCAACAACCAAAAAAUCCUCCACAAUGUUCCUCACCGAAGCACCUUCCGCCGUCUCUGCACCACCUGUAUCCUCCGUCUGCACCACCAAUCUUUCUGCCCAUCUUGUCUAACAGUCUACACCACAUCCCCACCUCAAAACGCUGUCGUUUGUCACAAAUGCAAAUCUUAUUCACACCCAAAUUGUAUUAUCAAAUCACAGCCUGCCACAUUGCUCCGUUGUGUUACUUGCUUGAACCCCAACAACCUCGUUUUCGAUACGAAGAGUGGCACGAUUGAUUUACGGAAUGCCCGGUUACUGGUUGCGGCAGCGGAGAUAUCGAGUGUGUCGAUAAAGAAUGCAGAGAUGGAUUUGGGUCAAGAAGCCGACCGCAGUGGGAAAGUUGCCGCGGAUACGAGGAAGAGGGCUAGAGAGGCUAUUAAGCAUGUUGUUAGACGUAUGGAAGUCGAAAAAAGGAAAAGAGAAAGUUGAUAAUGAUUAUAAUAAUGUGGCAAUGCCAUAUUAAGGGUACAGAUUAUUGAAAAGUUAAUAAAGUACUAAUAGUAGCAUAUAUAUUAUAGAUACAGAGAUAUAACUUAUAUAUAUUGGUUUGCAGAGGUAAGUUGAGACUAAUCAAUGGGUAUAUAUCAGUUUUGUUAG